UCUGGGCAGACGUAUUACCAUUAUGUAUAUGAAUGACACCACUUGCCCAAUGCAAAGUCUUAUCUCUCUUAACCUCAUAAGCUCCAAAUUCUCCCUCCUUGAUAGUAAAUACUCUCCCAUUAUUUUUUUUAUCUGCAAAAUGAAGCUUGCAUGGGCAGAUCCUGUUCUGGGUCCGUAUGAUUGCAAGAGUGAUGAGGGAAAUUUUGUUUAUGGAAUGGACUUUAUCUAUGCGAAUACAGACUUCAGGAUGCCCGCAGUUUGCCACAGUUACAAGAGUGUUAAUAUUUCGUAUGAUUUGUGGUAUCUGUACCAUCAAACUGAAAAGAUAGUCAUAGAAUGGGAAGUCCUUGACGGAUGCUACAACUGUGAAAAGUCAGGGAAAUAUUGUGGGUUCAACCCAACAAGCAAUUCAACAAUCUGUAUCAAGCACAAAGAUUAUCAUGGUCAUCUAGUUAAAAUUGUGUCUACCGCCACAAGUCUUGGAGGCAUUUUCUUCUUUACACUGGUAAUAUAUGUUCGUUACAAAUCCAGGAAAUCUGAAAAGGAAAAAGAAACUCAGCUGAAAAUAGAGAAGUUCCUGCGAGACUACACGACCCUCAACCCGACCAGAUAUACUUACAGGGACCUGAAGAAAAUAACUGGCAGAUUCAAGCACAGACUAGGCCAAGGAGGGUACGGAAGUGUCUUCAGAGGAAAACUCGCCAAUGGAAUCCCAGUUGCUGUUAAAAUGUUACAACAUUCAACAGGACAUGGUGAAGAAUUUAUCAAUGAAGUUGCUACAAUUGGUAGGAUUCACCAUUUUAACAUUGUUCGUCUUCUUGGAUUUUUUUCAGAAGGCACUCGGCGUGCUCUUAUUUAUGAGUUUAUGUCCAAUGGAUCACUUGAGAAAUUCAUAUUCUCAAGCAUAAAAAAUUCAACUCAACGUCCAUUGAGUUGGGAGAAGUUGCAAGAGAUAGCGAUUGGUAUUCCACGAGGAGUAGAAUACUUGCACCAAGGAUGCAACCAAAGGAUUCUUCAUUUUGACAUCAAGCCUCACAAUAUAUUACUUGACCAUAAUUUUCAGCCUAAGAUUUCCGAUUUUGGGCUGGCCAAGCUAUGCUCAAAGGAGCGAAGUGUUGUAUCAAUGACAGCUGCCAGAGGAACUACUGGUUAUAUUGCUCCAGAGCUCUUCUCCAGGAACUUUGGCGAGGUUUCUUACAAGUCUGAUGUUUUCAGCUAUGGGAUGGUGUUAUUAGAGAUGGUUGGAUGCCGAAAGAAUAUUGAUAUUUCCAUUGAAAAUCAAAGCCAAAUUUACUUCCCUGAGUGGAUAUAUAACAGAGUGAGCCAAGGAAACGAGCUGUGUUUGAAAAUUGAGGGACAUGGAGAUGGAGAAAUUGCAAAGAAGCUUGCAAUCGUGGGACUCUGGUGCAUUCAGUGGAAUCCAGCAAUGAGGCCUUCCAUGCCGAUUGUGUUACAAAUGCUUGAAGGUGACUUGCAGAGCUUGGAGAUUCCUCCAAAGCCCUUUGUUUCUUCAGAUGAUGAAAUGGAUGCAUAAAUGCAUUCUUUUUCUUGUAAUAUCCCAAUUGAAACAAAGUGUAUCAAUUUUUCGAUUGAUUAUUGUGUAAGGUUUGUUUUUUAG